CCCGCUUCGGCCCCGCCCGCUUCUACUCCGCGCGGUGAUUCACUCCCUCCUUCGCCCCGGGGCCCCUUCCCGGCCAGACGGCGGGCAAGACUGCUGGGUGUGCAGCGUCCUCGAACGCACGAGCAAGCGAGCAGAUCCUCUGCGCCCCUACGGACUCCGGUCCACGCCAUGGCGGAUUCCGAGCGCCUCUCGGCCCCCGGCUGCUGGGCCGCCUGCACCAACUUCUCGCGCACCCGAAAGGGGAUUCUCCUGUUUUCUGAGAUUAUACUGUGCCUGGUGAUUCUGAUCUGCUUCGGUGCCUCAGCAUCAGAAUACUCUUUCCUGUCUGUGAUUGAGAUGAUCUUUGCUGCCAUCUUCUUUGUCGUCUACAUGUGUGACCUGCACACCAAGAUAUUGAUCAUCAACUGGCCUUGGAGUGAUUUCUUCAGAACCCUCAUAGCAGUCAUCCUCUACCUGAUCACCUCCAUUGUUGUGCUUGUUGAGAGAGGAAACAACUCCAAAAUUGCCGCAGGGGUACUGGGCCUAGUCGCCGCAGGCCUCUUUGGCUAUGAUGCCUACAUUACCUUCCCCUUGCGGCAGCAAAGACAUACAGCAGCCCCUACUGACCCUGCAGAUGGUCCGGUGUAGGUGAACUUCGUUUCUCUCAGCAACCUGCAAAGAACACCUCCAUCGAAAUAAUUCCUCCCCUCCCCUACAAUACUCCCAGCCAACUCCCAGCCCUCUAAUGAGGUAAAAGUGCCUUUAUCGGGAGAUUUUGUCUUCUAGCCUGCCAUUCAACCCUCCUGGGUGUGGCCACGUUUACGGGUAUGCCUAGGUCCCCCUUUCUUCUGCAGCAUCCAAACAGAGACUCCAGUUCUGCCUGGACUAUGCCCCCACCCCAGCUACAAAAGGAAGGUGCCUUGGAUUUCAGACUCCAGGCCCCAGGUUGUGAUCCACUCCAAAUAACCUCAGCGUGUGUGUGGGUGGGGGUGGUUCUGUGGAGGAGUAAAUAAAUAGUAAGUAGAUUGUUAGAACAUAUGAUGACAAAUAAAUUAAUGCUUU